AAGUAAAAUAUAAAUAUAUCCAAAUAAUAUAAUAUGAUGGUAAUAAUGUCAAUAAUAGUAUCUAGUACCACGCUCCAAACAGUAGCAACGCAAUCGGUUAUACGCAUGUGCAGAACGCGUCUACAUCCGGUCGUCAUUUCCGGGAACGACAGCAAUUGAUUUGGGACAACACAAGCUGUCGAGAUAUUGUGCACAGUUCAGUAAUAAUGAUUGCAGUCCAAGUAUAUGUGUACACUUGUUGAAGGAGGGGGUUGGCCUAUUCGUUGCGGUUUCCCCCCCAGCCUACGCACACAAACAACCAGCAACAGAACGUCUUAAGAGGAUUACCGGUACUUCUAGAAACCUUUUGGUUGGAUGUUGAUUGUUGAUCGUGUUUUCAACAAGCAGGCUUCCAAAGUGAAUCCGGCCAGCUACUACAGUCCACACCUGCAGCUGCAGGAAGGUUGGGGGCUGGUGGGAAUCUCCAGACAGGUUCUACCACUCUACCUGACAAGAACAUGGGGAACCAGUUAUCAGACAUUUCCCCCAGCACCCCGUUUCUCCCCCACCUCCAGUGCUUGCACAUUGUGCUGAUCGGUUUGGACAAUGCAGGGAAAACCUCGCUGCUAUACAGACUCAAGCUGCAGGAUUUUGUGGAGACCAUCCCCACCAAAGGCUUCAACAUGGAGCACAUUCAAGUGAGCAUAGGGAGCGCCAAAGCCAACAUCUCCACAUUCCAGGUGUGGGAUGUUGGCGGCCAGGAGAAACUGAGACCCCUCUGGAAGUCGUACACCAGGAGGACGGACGGCCUGGUGUUUGUGGUGGAUGCGGCGGAGGUGGAGCGAAUGGAGGAGGCCAAGAUGGAGCUUCACAAGAUCAGCCGCUCUGCUGAGAACCACGGCGUACCUUUGCUGGUUCUGGCAAACAAACAAGAUUUGGAAGCAACGAUGUCGACUUCACAGGAGGUUGUGGAGAAUUUCAUCUCCAACAAUCAAUGGUGACCCCGAGACGUGAUCUCCAGAGGAGGAAAAGACAUUUUCGGGUGGACGGAAAGGUGUCUGGAGUAUCAGGCCGACCGACAUAAAGGUAAGAAGAGACCUGUCUCCAACAGACGAGACUUGAAGCUUUCAAGUGGGGAGGCCGUUUUUACAUGAGGGGGGAGAGUGUUCCACAGCUUUGAGCCAACUACGGAAAAGGGCAGGUCUCCCCUGGUCUAAAGUCUGGUCUUGGGCACCACCAGUUGGAGCUGGCCUUCGGUCCUCAAUGUGCGCGCUAGAGUGUAAAUUUGGAUGAGGUCCGAGAUGUACUGAGGGGCCAGUCCAUUCAGCGCCUUAAAAACAAACAAUAAAAUCUUUAAAUCAAUUCUAAAACAGGCAACCAGUGCAGGGAGGCUAGAAUUGGGUUCUUUUGGUUCCUGUUAAAAUCCGUGCCGCAGAGUUCUGGACUAACUGGAAGCCAGUGGGUCAUUUGUGUUUUUUUCCAGAGUAAAGCGCAAUACGGUAGUCCAGACGUGACCAAAUAAAAGCAUCCAUGGCUUGUUCGAAAUGUCGCAAAGAAAGUAAAUCAUUUAUUUUGGGUAAAAGCUGAAGAUGAUAAAAACAUAAUUUUGAUUUGUUUAUUAAGUUUAAAUUUGCUCUCUAUUAUGACGCCAAGGCUGGUGGCUGUGGGACUGACAUGGUUCUUGAGGGGGCCCAAGUCCAUGAGGGGGUUGCUGUGAUUCAGGAGGAUAACUUCUGUCUUCCCCUCAUUGAGCUUUAAAACAUUUUCAGCCCACCAGACCUUGACGUCUCUUAAGCUCUCGAGAAGGGGUGUCGGGGGCAGGGUCAUGUUUUGCAAGAGGUAAGUAAAUCUGGUAGUCAUCUGCAUAAAGUGAUAGGAGAUGCCAUGCUUUCUAAAUAUUGUACUAAGUGGGAUCAGGUAUGGAGCAAAUAGGAUGGGCCCCAGAAUUGCUCCCUGAGUGACUCCACCGUCAAGGGGGGCGGUAGACGAGUCCCCAAGUCCCACAGUAAGGCAUCUCCCUGACAAGUAAGACCUAAACCACUCAAGGGCAGCCCCCCUGACACCCACACAGUCUUCCAAGCGAGAUAAAAGAAUAGUAUGGUCCGCUGUGUGGAAGGCAGCAGUCAUGUCUAAAAGCACUAAGAUGGCUGACCCACCACAAUCAGUCAUUAAAAACCUUUGAAAGUGCAGGCUCGGCGCUAUGAAAGGCCCUGUGACCUGACUGGAAGGUGUCUAAAAUCCCAUUUUCAUCUAAAAAAGGCUGCCUCUGUGCAAGAACGCCUUUUUCUCAAAUCUUUGAGAUAAAAGGUAGUUUUGAAAUAGGCUGAUAAUUUGAUCAAAUUGAAGGAUCAAGACCUGAGCAAAGGUUCAACAGCAGCCUUUUUCCAAAAGGAAGGGACAAUACCAGAGGACAGGGUGCUGUUGAUGAUAUUGCAAACAUAGGGGCCAAUAGUUGCCCACACCUCCCUAAAAAAGCCAGGGGGGACUGGGUCAAUGGGAGAAGAAGAAGGCUUAAGACCAUCAACUUCCUUGUUAAUAAACGCCAGCAACACAGGUUGAAAAAGAUAAAAACCUUUAGAGCACUGAGUCACUGUAGACAAAUGAAAAGAGGGGGGUGUGAUACAGUAUUAGCUCGUACCUUAUCAUUAAAAAAGUGCAAGAAAUGUUGCCGAGUUUCAGACGAUACUUCCAGUGUCAUGGAUGGACUGGGGUUUCAAACAGAACACAUGGGUUAUUCAUGUUGUGUGAUAUCAAUCAGAGAGCUAUUUUGUUUUCUCAGCCUUCACUACGUUCUGAUAUCGCCUCCGACUGGCUUGAGGGUUUCAUAGGAAACUUGCAGACCAUCUUUCUUCCACCUGCACUGCGCCUUUUGGCAUUCGCGCCACACUGCUCGUGUAACAUCGUUGAGCCACACUUCCUGUUUAGUUUUAGUGCGCAUGGCUGUCUGAGGGGCUAGACCAGGGGUGUCAAACUCGUGCCGAGGAGGGCCGAGACACUGUAGGUUUUCUUUCCAGCCAGUCACUAAAGCAGGUGAUUUAAAUGAUCAACACCUUCAGUUUGAGGGAAGGAGCUCAUCAAUUAAAUCACCUGCUGAAGAAACUGGUUGGAGAGAGAACCUGCAGCGUCUCGGCCCUCCAGGGCACCAGUUUGACGCAUGUGGGCUAGACUGUCCAGGACAAACAUGAACGGGCUGUGAUCAGAGAAUACUGCAUCCCCUACAAAGACAACAGCCAGUCCAUGAGACAAUACAAGGUCUAAAGUGUGUCCGUGCAUUUGUGUAGCUCCUGUAACAUUUUGCACCAAAUUAAAAGCCUCUACUAACUCGAGAAAGUCUAAAAGGGCAGCAGACAUGAACAUUAAAAUCACCUACAAAAAACAUUUAGUCAUUCUUUAUCAACAUUGCAGUGAUAAAGUCAGAAAAGUCCCGAAUAAACUCUUUGUUGUGUUUGGGUGGUCUGUAGAUGACCGCGCACAACAGCGGCUCUGCUCACCUCAAAUGAGGAGAAAGCCACCAUGGACAAUAGCUUAUGGUGUCAGGACGUUUUUUUAAUAGUAGCGAUGCAUCCUCCACGGCCAGUACUUGUUGUCGUGUUAAUGAAGGUACAAUCGAGAGGCAACAGUUCAGAGAAGACGGCGGACUCACCGGCAUUAUUCCAGGUCCCAGUGAUGAAUAAUAAAUCCAAAGAAUGCCAUUUGAUGAGGUCCUGGAGGAUAAAAGUCUUAUUUGAAACUGACCUCGCAUUCACCAGUGCUCACUUGGUUGCAACAUUAUUAUUGGAUUGGCACUUGUAUGUUGUUUUGCAUUUGGUUAUUUUUUUAAAAUAAAAUAAAGUCUGUUCUAUGAUGAUGACAACAAUAUGAUGACGAUGAUGUAAUUGAUGAGAAGAGUCAGUGUUUUGUUGGAUGAAUUGUCUGAGCAGCUCUGAGAGCUACUAAGAUUUACUACAAGUAUUUGCUGUCAAUAUUUGGGGUUUUUUAAGGUGACACUAGUGACCUGGUAUGUAUUUUCUGUUGUGAAGUGGAUAUGAUAUUCCUUUAUUGAUAUUAGAUAGCAUACUGUAAAUGAGCUGAGUCUAUAAGGGAGGGUGCUGCUUCCAUCCCUGGUGCAGCAGAAAUGACUUAUAGGACAGAGAAGAAGAAAUAUUGAUGUGAAAAGCAAUAUUUGUGUCAUCACUCACCUUUCUUGCGGUUCCCUCACUCAGGUGGAGAAAGUUCUGGCUCUCCAUGAAUUGAGCUCCACCACGUCGCAUCACACGCAAGGCUGCUCAGCGCUUGAUGGGCGGGGCCUGCAGGUGGGCCUGGAGAAGCUUUGUGAGAUGAUCUGGAAGAGGAAGAAGAUGAUGCGAAAAAGCAA